AACGCUACUAACUGCAACUUUUGGUAUACAGAGAAAACAUAUUUGGUAAUAGAUGCCAUAGUUUGAAUUCAACUUCUUUUCUUAGCUUUGAAAAAAUAGUUAUGGAACCAACGGACAGACCAAAAAUAUUGCCUAUAAAUCAUCAAGAUUAAAUAUAUGAAGAAUAGAAGUUUGACAAUUCCUGCUUGGCAGCCAAUACGCUUAGGGAUAAAUAUAUGCAGUUAGCGCUCUACUUUUUAAUAAGGCUUACUAUCUCAUCCACUCAGAGAUUGAGAAGAAAAGUUAUGUUAUAUAUGCAAAAAAAGCAAAUAGUUCUCUAAAAAAUAUAUAUAUUCUUUCGAUUUUUGUAAAAUAUAUAUAAUGCGCAAUAUCAUCAUAUCUAAUAGAUGCUUUUCGUUAACUUAAUACACAUGUUUUAACAUAAUGAAAACUUUUAAUCAGAUCUAACUUGUGUUGCAAAAGAUUUUCUAAAACGCAUGCCCUAGUGAGUCAUAUUCUAACACCUGUGAAAAAAAAGCCUAUCUGAGGAUCAUACAAUAUAAAAUAUUUAUAAUCAAAUUACUCAAAUUUGGAAUAUAUGCAAAAGAAUAGAACAAAAGAUAUACAAAAGAAUUCUGCAAAAUGUGUACUAAAAUCUUUUCUACGCAGGAAUAUAUAAUACCACAAAUCUCGACACAAAUUAAAGAGAAACAAUUUGUUUGUGUUUGCAAUAAAGCGUUUUCUUUACUGGGAACUUUAAAGACACAUUUAAGGACGCAUACGAAAGAGAAACCGUAUGUUUGUGAGAUUUGCAAUAAAGCGUUUUCUGUGCUAGGAGUUUUAAAGAAUCAUUUAAGGACGCAUAUCAAACAGAAACAGUAUAUUUGUGAAAUUUGCAAUAAAGCGUUUUCUCGACCAGCACAUUUAAAGAUACAUUUGAGGAGGACGCAUACGAAUGAGAAACCGUAUGUUUGUGAGGUUUGCAGAAAAGCGUUUUCUGAGCCAGGAAGUUUAAAGAGACAUUUAAGGACGCAUACCAAAGAGAAACCGUAUAUUUGUGAGAUUUGCAAUAAAGCUUUUUCUGAACGAAGGAAUUUGAAUGUACAUUUACUGAUACAUAUAAAAGAGAAACCAUAUAUUUGUGAAAUAUGCAAUAAAGCAUUUUCUCUACGACGACAUUUAGAGACACAUUUGAGGAUACAUGCAAAAGAGAAACCGUAUAUUUGUGAGGUUUGCAGUAAAGCGUUUACUCAAAAUUGUAGUUUACAGAUACAUUUAAGGGUGCAUACCAAAGAGAAACCGUAUGUUUGUGAGAUUUGCAAUAAAGCGUUUUCUACACGAGGAAGUUUGAAUGUACAUUUACUGACACAUAUAAAAGAUAAACCAUAUAUUUGUGAGAUAUGCAAUAAAGUGUUUUCUCUACUACGACAUUUAAAGAGACAUUUGAGGACGCAUACGAAAGAGAAACCGUUUGUUUGUGAGGUUUGCAGUAAAGCGUUUUCUGAGCCAGGAAGAUUAAAGAUACAUUUGAGGACGCAUACCAAAGAGAAACCAUAUGUUUGUGAGGUUUGCAGUAAAGCAUUUUCUCACCGAGGAAAUUUGAAUUUACAUUUAUUGAAGCAUACUAAAGAGAAAUUAUAUAUUUGUGAGAUUUGCAAUAAAGCAUUUUCUCGACGUGAUUGUUUGAAGGAUCAUUUACUGAUUCAUACGAAAGAGAAACCAUAUAUUUGUGAGAUAUGCAAUAAAGCGUUUUCUCAACGGGGAAAUUUAAAGACACAUUUAAGGACGCAUACGAAAGAGACACCACAUAUUUGUGAGAUAUGCAAGAAAGCGUUUUCUCAACUAGGAACUUUAAAGACACAUUUAAGGACGCAUACCAAAGAGAAACCAUAUGUUUGUGAGAUUUGCAGUAAAGCAUUUUCUCAACGAUCAAAUUUGAAUGUACAUUUACUGACGCAUACUAAAGAGAAACUAUAUAUUUGUGAGAUUUGCAAUAAAGCAUUUGCUCGAAGUGAUUCUUUAAAGGACCAUUUACUGAUUCAUACGAAAGAGAAACCAUAUAUUUGUGAGAUAUGCAAUAAAGCGUUUUCUCAACGGGCAAAUUUAAAGACACAUUUAAGGACACAUACGAAAGAGACACCACAUAUUUGUGAGAUAUGCAAUAAAGCGUUUUCUCAACGGGGAACUUUAAGGACACAUUUAAGGACGCAUACCAAAGAGAAACUAUAAGUUUGGGAGGCUUGUAGUAGAGCAUUUUCUCAUCAAGUAAAUUUAAAGAAACAUUUACUGACGCACACGAAAGAGGAACCGCAUUUUUGGAAUGUGUGCAAUAAAACUUUUUCCGUUGGAAACAUUUUUUAUUAAUAUUUUCUGACGCAUGCGAAACAAAAAUCUCUAUGUGUAAUAAAGCAUUUACUGCAGAAGAAAAUUUGGAGUUCUAUUUACCAACCGAUACUUGUAAUAAAGCAUUUACUGCAGAAGAAAAUUUGCAGUUCUGUUUACCAACCUAUUUUAAAGUGUCGCUACAAAGAGUGUUUGUGGUGGGUGUAAUAAAGUAUUUUCUGAUCGAA